CGCCUGCGCGACGCAAUCGAUUCGCGGAUUGCAGAAGAACAAGCUCGUCAACGGUCUGCUCAAACUUCACUUUCGCGCUCCAACUCCGCUCGUCAUCCCACGGGUCGCAACUUAUCUCCGACAAGGCGAGCCUCUCGUCCUCGGCGAAACACCGGUACCCCUGUCCGUGGCCCUGAUCCCAACGAGUUCGAACCGGAGUUCGCCAUCGGAGAUGAUGAAGGUUCCAGCAGAUCAGCCACUCCGCGUCUGGAGUCGGCGGGUGGCUCCGAAGGUGCCCCGGAGGAAAACGCCGGGGAGGGGAAGACGUCUUCUGAGGAGUCCGCAACCAAGAAGCCCGAGGCUCAGCCUGUAACUGAGACGAACCAGUCACCGUCUGAGCUCCCACCAGAGAUUCGGGUAAAACUGCGAAGGUUGGGCAAGCUUGAGUCCCGUUAUCAAGAUCUCCUUAAAGCGUACCGCAUGGCCCACUCGCGUGUCCUGUCGAUCGAACCAUUCGAAGCUGCCCUGCGAGAGAACACCCCCCUGACGUCGAUCAGCGAACCAAAAGCGUUGACGGAGUACUUGAAUCAGAUUUCGUUGAAAGCAGAGCGGGACGACUACAAGAAGAAAUUGGAAGAGUCUCAGAAAUCCACCAAAGCCGCUUGGGAUGAAGUUACAAAACUUAAGGAGGAUAGCAAAUCCCAAGCUAAGAAAGACGAAGGGCCAGCUGCCGAGAGCUCCGCUACCGACGAAUCUACACCCGAUAGCGCUACGAAGUCCGGGAAGUCGACCACUUCUGGCGCCAAGGAUACUGCGGAGACGUCUCCGAAGGAGUCUGGGACACAGGGUGAUAGUGAGGAGUUCUUCUCAUAUGACAGCGAAAUUCCGCGACUGGAGACAGAACUGAAGGAGAAACAGGAGGAGAUUGAGACUCUGAAGUCCCAGACAGAGUCGCUCAAGCGCGAUUUGUCAGUAGCCCGCGAGUCCACGGAAGGCAUGGUCCAUAACCUGGAGUCCGCUACCCGGGAGCUUGUUGAGUUGCGGGACACUAAGGACAAACAGGAUGCGGAGUUGGAGAAGCUCAAAACCUCUAAUCAAGAGGAAGUCGAGGAGCUCAAAGCCAAGCUCGAAAAAUCAGAAGAGGCUGUGGCGAAGACAAGCUCCGAAAUCGAAAACUUGAAAUCCGAGCUCAAGCAAAAGGCCGAUGAGAUCGAGCAACUCCAGGCUCAGACUGCUCAAGCCAAGAGCGCUGAUCAGCAAGCAGAGAUUGAGUCAAAAUUGGAAGACUUGAAUCGCGAGAAGGAGGCCAAUGACCGGCGUCUUGGGGUCCUACAAGGUCUGGUUGACAGUUUGCGGUCCCAGCUCAAGGAGACGGAAGAAACAUUUACCAGUCUCAAGACUGAAAUGGGACAGAAGACAGAAGAUAUGGGCAAACUACAGAACGUUGUCAAUUUCCUGGAUGCUAAUCUCAAAGAUAACGAGAAAUGGAAACAGACCAAAGACCAAAUUGCGAAUGGAAAGGAAGCAGCAUUUGAUGAACUUCGCGAGAGUCUGGCUCCUUCACCCCAAACUGCAGCAGUGAAAGAGGACUCCGCCGGGCCUACCGCACCAGCAGCGAACCCCGCAGGCGGUGCUGGGGGAGGCAAGAAGAAGAACAAAAAGAAGAAGAAGGGAGGCAAGGCGAACGAGGAGGCCAACAAUGUAGUUGAAGCUGCUCCUGCUGAGGAGAAGCAGGAAUCGGCAGAGCAAGAUGAUCAAGCAGCCUUGAAGCUCACCGAGCUGGAGCAGAACAUUGAAUCGCUCAAAACGCAGCUGGCUGAGAAGGAUGCUACCAUUGACCGUCUCUGCUCCAGGAUCAAGGGAGAGGAGGACUUGAAAGAGGAAAUCGAAACUCUGCGCGAUGACUUACUCAAUAUCGGCCAAGACCAUAAGGAACUGACAGAUUUGCGGACGAGUAGUGAGUCUAGUAAGGUUGAUACCGAGAAGGCACACAAUGACCUGAAGGACGAAUAUGAGAGCCUCAAGAUCAAGUCUACUACACUGGAGACUGAGCUUUCUGCUGCCCAGCAGCUGGCUGCCACGCGGUUCAAGGAUAUGACAGAACUGCGGGAGACCCUGCAGAAACUGCAACCGGAAGUGAAGAAGCUACGGGCCGAGUCCGCGGAGCUGAAGUCGACAAAGGAAUCCUUGAACAGCAAGACAGCCGACUUGCGAAACCUGGAGGGGCAGCAUGAUGAGUUGCGCGCAGAGCUCAAGUCGCUGAAGUCUACCAUAUCAGAAAGAGACGCAGAAGUCAAGUCUCUCAACCAAAAGAUCAGACAAGAGACGGACAGCCGUCUGAAGAGCGAGGAGAAAUUGACGGUCGCCCAAUCUGAUUUGCGAUACUCAGAGAGCAAAAAGCAGGAAGCCGUGGAGGCAAAGGAGAAGCUGGCAUCGGACCUGUCCAAGGCUCAAGAUGAGCUCAAGGCAGCUCGGGCCCGGCUCCGUGAAGCUGAGAGCCAAGCUGCUCAGUUGAACAAGGAUCUUGGCGGCCUGCGAGAGGAGAUCCAGCUGAAGACUGCACAGCAUGCCAGCGCACAAAGCUUGAUGAAUAGCAUGCGCGACCAGGCUGGGGAGUUGGGCAUGCAGAUGAAGGAAGCCCGGGAGCGUUGUGAAAGCCUGGAAGAAGAAUUAGCGGAUGCUCAUCGCCUGCUGAGCGAACGUACUCGGGAGGGCGAGACCAUGCGACGUCUUCUCAAUGAUAUUGAUGGUCGCGCAGAGGCUAAAGUACGGGAUUUCAAGGAGCGCAUGGAGGCUGCCAUCGAAGAACGCGACAGGGCUGAGGAUGAAGCAAGUGCUCAGAGCCGCCGCCGGGCGCGUGAGUUGGAAGACUUGAAGGGCAAGCUGCGCGAAGCGGAGCGAGCCUUGCGUACUGUGGAGGAGGAUAAGGAGGAGCUAGAGCAUACGCAGAAGGACUGGAAACGCAGACGGGAUCAACUCGAGGCCGAGUCGGAGAAGACCACCCAAGAGCUCAGUGAUCUGCGACAGGCUAUGGCACGGUUGCGGGAUGCCUUGGACGAAAGUGAGAAACAAGUCCGUGAUCUGGAGAAGGAGAAGGCCGAGUUGCGCCGGUCCGUGGAGGAGACCAACGCGCGCCUAGAAAAGGUCCGUAAGUCCAACAAGAUGCUACCGGACGAGAGUCGCUUCGGUCCCAAUCCGCAGUCAUCCAGAUCAUCCAUCGAUUCCGGAUCACGCAAAGCGCUGGCCUCUCCAGUCUCCAAAGACCGCAGUCCGUCAACCCGGAGAAGCGAGACGCCCACCGGGCCGAAUACAUCAUCCAUCGAUUACAUCUACCUGAAGAACGUUCUCCUCCAGUUUCUGGAGCAAAAGGACAAGAACUACCAGAAGCAGCUGGUGCCUGUCCUGGGGAUGCUGUUACAUUUCGACCGGACCGAUGAGCAAAAGUGGAUGGCGGCCAUCACCUCACGCUAG